ACAGAUGAAUAUAGUAUGUCGACCGUAGUAACCACAAUAAAAUGAUACAGAGCACCUGUAUCAAUAAUGACGUCAUGAAUUACCAAGACCAUGUUCUACAUACGUUACUUUCAACAGUAACUUCUAAGUCGCUUCAUCUACAAUAAUGUUUUACAUUAAUUUAUUUUUAUUUGCAACAAUAUUCUUAACAAAAUGUUAUGGGCAAAAUAUAUACGUGAGUGACGUUAACUUCAGAAUAGAACCAGGAGUAGAGACGUGUGUCUACGAAACAGGGAAAGCCGGACAGAUGUUGGAAGUGUACUACCAGGUACUGGAUGGCCAACAUGGAGAUUUGGACAUUAACUUCAAAGUUAUUGACCCCAAGAAUGCCACGCUACUGACGGAUCAUAAAAGUUCCGAAAACUCUAUUAUCAUGGACUUGGAAAUGGACGGAGAUUACGCAUUCUGUAUGGACAACACAUACAGUAUGAUGAAUUCUAAACUUGUGUUCUUGUAUGUGCUAGUAGAAGACAAAAAUGGAGUGACUCGAAGUGACGCAGAAGCAACGACGGGGAGUGACAGCGGAGAUGGACAGAAAGACGCUGAAGGCGACGAAGCCGAACCAAAAGAAAUAUUAGAAUGGGAGGGAACCGAUGAAAAUGGUGAAAGUUACUACUUGGAAGUUGGUAAAAUCGCAGAUUCUUUAUCGGCCACGUUAGCGCACGUGGUCAAGUCCCGACAUCUGCUUAGCAUAUAUGCUGCGACUAAGUCGCGCGACAGUUACUUGGCUUUCGAAGACACUUUCAUUGUCGACGUUUGGUCCGGCAUCCAAAUAAGUUUAAUGUUUGUUGUGGGGAUGUUACAAGUUUACAUGAUCAAGAAACUGUUCAAUCGAGAACAUCUUGGAUAUAAGGACAUUUAUUGAAUAAUACCUAAAAUCUAGAUGAAAAUUAUCAAGUGCUUUGCAACCAAUGAAAUGUUAUUUGAAAUGUUUUCAAAAUAAAAUACAUUAUACUAUGACAAAAUAAAGUUUUUGUAUCCCUAUACAACACUGACUGACAUGGAAUUGUUUACAUACAUAAAUUGUUUUUAAUUAAUUUCAUGCUAAUAGGUAUACCUAUAGUCAUGACAUGACCUCAUCACUACAAAUCAAACGAUAAUGUCAGUAAACUAGUGUUAAAUAAACACUAAUAGGUCUGUAUGU